CAUAUAAGUAGUAAAGACCUUUAUUGUUAAAUCUUAAAAUCUCAACCCCUCCUCCGUCUUCUUCUGCAAACAAGAGAGAAGUUCAAAAAUGGCGCCAUUGUUGCAAAGCACUCAGCCCUGGGUCGAGAAAUAUCGACCAAGGCAAGUGAAAGAUGUAGCUCAUCAAGACGAAGUUGUUCGAGUUCUUACCAACACUCUUGAAACCACUAAUUGUCCUCAUAUGCUAUUCUAUGGACCUCCUGGAACUGGAAAAACUACUACUGCUCUGGCCAUUGCUCAUCAGCUCUAUGGACCUGAACUUUACAAGGCUAGAGUGCUAGAGCUAAAUGCUAGUGAUGAUCGUGGAAUCAAUGUGGUGCGAACUAAGAUCAAGAAUUUUGCAGCUAUUGCUGUUGGUUCUGCUGGUCGUCAGGGGCCCUAUCCUUGUCCGCCUUACAAGAUCAUUAUACUCGAUGAGGCUGAUUCGAUGACUGAAGAUGCUCAGAACGCCUUGCGACGAACGAUGGAAACGUACUCCAAAGUUACUAGAUUUUUCUUCAUUUGCAACUAUAUCAGCAGGAUCAUAGAACCACUUGCUUCCAGAUGUGCAAAGUUUAGGUUUAAGCCACUUACAGAGGACAUUAUGACCAGUCGUAUAUUGCACAUAUGCAAAGAAGAAGGCUUGUUUCUGGAUUCUGAGGCUCUUUCCACCUUAAGCUCUAUCUCUCAAGGCGAUCUCCGUCGAGCUAUAACACACUUGCAGGGUGCUGCUCGCUUAUUUGGAUCUUCAAUUUCUUCCAAGGACUUGAUUAGCGUGUCUGGGGUUAUUCCAGAAGAUGUUGUUCAGUCUCUCUUGGCAGCAUGCAGAAGUGGGAAUUUUGAAUUAGCAAACAAGGAGGUUAAUAACGUGAUUGCUGAGGGAUAUCCUGUUUCUCAAGUGAUUUCUCAGUUGUUUGAUGUGGUAGUUGAAGCCGAUGACAUAACAGAUGAGCAGAAGGCAAAGAUCUGCAAAAAACUUGGUGAAUCAGAUAAGUGCCUGGUUGAUGGAGCUGAUGAGUAUUUGCAGUUAUUGGAUGUUGCCAGCAGUGCUAUGCGAUCUCUUUGUAACAUGCAGGAAUUCUCCCUCAAUUAGUAGAUAGUUUGCUCCAUUGUAGUACAGAAUGUGUUCUACUUAUGCCUAAAAAGUUGUAGUGAACGAUGUAAUUUGCUUAUUUGACCCCAAGUCUGCCUUUAGUCUUAAAAUAUGCCACGCGAUUCAAAAUCUGUAGUAUGAUUUAAAUUUGUUUAGUAACUCAAAAUAUAUGCAUCAUGACCUAUAUC